AAAAGGAAAGAGGAACGUACUAAAAUGUCACCUGAAGUUGCCUUGAACAGAAUUUCUCCAGCGCUCUCGCCCUUCAUUUCCAGUGUGGUCAGAAACGGAAAAGUAGGACUGGAUGCUACUAAUUGUUUACGGAUUACAGACUUGAAAUCUGGGUGUACAUCCUUGACCCCUGGACCUAGCUGUGAUCGGUUUAAGCUACAUAUCCCUUAUGCUGGAGAAACACUCAAAUGGGAUAUAAUUUUCAAUGCUCACUAUCCUGACCUGCCACCAGAUUUUAUCUUUGGAGAGGAUGCUGAAUUUUUGCCAGAUCCUUCUGCCUUGCAUAAUUUGGCUUCUUGGAAUCCUUCAAACCCUGAAUGCCUCCUGCUUGUUGUGAAAGAGCUUGUGCAGCAGUAUCACCAAUUUCAGUGCAGCCGAUUACGUGAGAGCUCUCGUCUCAUGUUUGAGUAUCAGACUUUACUUGAAGAGCCCCAGUAUGGAGAAAACAUGGAAAUCUAUGCUGGCAAAAAAAACAAUUGGACUGGAGAAUUCUCAGCUCGCUUCCUCUUAAAGUUGCCUGUAGAUUUCAGCAAUAUUCCUACAUACCUUCUCAAGGAUAUGAAUGAAGAUCCUGGAGAAGAUGUUGCACUUCUCUCCGUUAGUUUUGAGGAUGCAGAAGCUACUCAGGUUUUUCCUAAGCUGUAUCUCUCCCCGCGUAUUGAACAUGCCCUUGGAGGAUCAUCUGCCCUUCAUAUCCCAGCCUUUCCUGGUGGAGGUUGUCUUAUCGACUACGUACCCCAAGUAUGCCAGCUGCUAACAAACAAGGUACAAUAUGUUAUUCAGGGAUACCAUAAGAGAAGAGAGUAUAUUGCAGCUUUCCUGAGUCACUUUGGAACUGGUGUGGUGGAAUAUGAUGCAGAAGGCUUCACAAAGCUUACUCUGUUGCUGAUGUGGAAAGAUUUUUGCUUCCUUGUUCACAUUGACCUACCCCUCUACUUUCCUCGAGACCAACCAACCCUAACGUUUCAAUCCGUCUACCACUUCACUAACAGUGGCCAGCUGUACUCCCAGGCCCAGAAGAAUUACCCGUACAGCCCCCGCUGGGAUGGCAAUGAGAUGGCCAAGAGAGCAAAGGCAUAUUUCAAAACAUUUGUCCCUCAGUUCCAGGAGGCAGCAUUUGCUAAUGGGAAGCUUUAGGCAGCCUCGGGCACGGAGAUGAUACGGGAUAGAACCUUCAGUCUGCGCGUGUCAGCCCAUGAGAAGAAUGCCUGGAAAUGGGUUGGACUGUGUGCUUAAGUGCUUUCUCGCCUCUGAAAUGGGUUUGGUAGCUUCAGGUUUUGUCAGAUUUCUGAAACAAAGACCUCACUAGCAUGCUUAAAACUGAAUGUUUGAUAUUCAUCCUGUCCCUUUGCCUCUGCCACCACCAUUCCUUCAUAUAUCUACUGGAUUAAAUUUAAAGGGUGUGUUUUGAUGUGAUAACAUUUUCUUGUGCCAACAGCGUCCUGUAUGUUAUGCCUUGUUUCCUUGUCUUCAGAUGGUGAAAAUUGGAUUUGCUUUUUCCACGGAAAUAUGAUGUAAUUUGUAUAUUUAGUUAACAUUUCCAGCUUAUCCUAAGAAAAUAUAAAACUGCCGUAUGUACCAGGAAUUUUUUUAUGCCUAAUGGACUGUACAGUGCCAUAUUCUGCCUUGGAGGUUUGCAUCUCACUGUGGUUGUUAUUCUCACAGGUACGGAUAUGAGUUGCACAGUUCAAUUCUCAGUGCCUUUCAAGUUGGUCUGAUAUUUAUAUGGCAGGAUGUCAGAGGGGAGUUUUUGAAUACUUCAGUCGAAAGCUCAUCUUAUAUGAAAUGCUAUGCUUUUGCGCUUUGUUUUUAUU